AAGUAUGGAGAAACCCCACCAAAACUUGUAGGGAAAGCUACCAUGUAUAUAAACAGGCAGCAAACUCCACACUGACUUGCAACCAAACAACCAAGGUCAGACAGCACCAAGAACACCACAGCUACUGUCUCAGGACUGAGCCAUGGUUCUUAAGGCCUACUGUCUUGGGGCUCUCUUUCUCCUGCUCUGUCUCCCAGAUACUUCCAUCUGCCUCCCCAACAAAGCUUCAUCCUAUAGAGAAUUUAUCAGAAGGCAUGUGGACAACCCCAAAACGGACCUUCAGAAUGAUCACAACUACUGCAACCGAAUGAUGCGCAGCAAAGGCUUGAAAUGUCAACGGAGCAACACCUUCAUCCAUGCCAGCAGCGAACAGCUGAUUGCCAUCUGCAACUCCAGAGGAAAAAAACUGGAUGGCAACCAGACCAGCAAGACCCUGUUCCCGAUCACCAUCUGCAUCAAGAGUAACCACCGCAGAACAAUUUUUUGCAAGUACCAAGGGAGAAGUGAGAUCAGGAAGAUCCGAGUCACUUGCUCUAAGGGCCUUCCAGUCCACUAUAUUACCCACUCUUGAAAGAAUGGAAGAAAUGUGGUGGAACCAAAGAUAUCCUUUUCUACAGUGCCUUGGCAACCUUCCCUCAUGUGUUCUGCUCUCCUACAUCUCCAUAUGCUCAAGCUGAGCUGGCUUCAUUGCUUGGCAAUAUCAGUAUUCUCCAAGUCAAUUUAUAGCCUUCCUGAUUGAUCUGAUUCUUUUUGAAAACAACUUGAUGAUUUCAUCAAUCUUUAAACGAUAAGCCACAAUAACCUUGGUAAACUCCACAUGUGUACAUGCAAAUAAAG